UUCUGAUCACACGUGACAAGUUCUAAGACUCGCGUGAGAAAGACCGCGUGAAGUGUACGAGUGUAAAUUUUUUCCGAAGGCAUUGUCCAAAUCGUAAAAAGCAAUGUCGUGGUUAUUUGGUUACCGCAAUUCGCAGCCACCACAAGACUUUUCACAAUUUAUACAACCGCCGGCGGCGGGUGGUAGCGGUGACGGCGGUGGUGGCGAUGAGUCUCCGCCGAAAAUCAUCAGAUCCCAAAUGGAUGCAUACAGAUUCGAUUCAGGCGCACUAGAACGAGCUGCCGCGGCCGCCAAGGACCUCGAACGAUCCAGGCAUGCAAAAGAAGCUUUGGACCUGUCCAAACUGCAGGAAACCACAAAGCAAGUGGAACUGCAAACUGAAAUGAAAAAAUAUGAAGCUAGCAUUGAACAGCUUAAAGCAGAGCAAAAACGGGUGGAAGGUGAUGAGAGAAGGAAAACCAUCCAGGAAGAAACCAAACAGCAUCAAAUGAGGGCACAAUAUCAAGAUCAAUUAGCUAGAAAACGUUAUGAGGAUCAAUUGAUGCAGCAACAAAAGAUGAACGACGAGAAUCUGAGAAGACAAGAGGAGUCAAUAGCCAAGCAAGAAGCCAUGAGAAAAGCUACAAUAGAGCAUGAGAUGGAUCUUAGGCACAAGAAUGAAAUGAGGAAAUUGGAGGCGGAAUUGAAAGCCAAAGCGAAGAUUGACAGAGAAAACCAAGAUCUCAAUCUAGAACAAAUUAGAUUAAAAGCCAUGGAAAAGAGGAUUACCGUUUUAGAGUCUAUACAAACCGCUGGUUCAGUAUUAGGCAAGGGAGCCAAGGCUCUGCUGGAGGACUGGGAUAAGAUCCUCGCGGCGGCGGGUGGUCUGUCGCUCGUUGCCUUCGGAAUAUACACUGCCAAGGGCUCGACCAGCGUGGCAGCGCGCUACAUCGAGUCCCGCUUAGGGAAGCCAUCGUUGGUGCGGGAGACCUCGAGAUUCUCGUUCUUCGACACUGUCCGGCAUCCGGUUCAAGCGGUGAAACAAUUAAAGACCAAGCAGACGGACGCGCUAUCGGGCGUGGUACUGGCACCGAAGCUCGAGGAGAGGCUGCGCGACAUCGCGAUAGCUACGAAAAACACGAAGCGCAAUCGCGGCAUGUACAGAAAUAUACUGAUGCACGGUCCGCCGGGUACCGGCAAAACCAUGUUCGCCAAGAAGCUGGCGGAGCAUUCCGGCAUGGACUACGCGAUCGUCACGGGCGGCGACCUGGCGCCGCUGGGCAGAGAUGGUGUGACCGCUGUUCACAAGGUGUUCGACUGGGCGCAUACAUCGCGGAAAGGACUGCUGCUGUUCAUCGACGAGGCGGACGCGUUUUUGAGGAAGCGUUCGAGCGAGCACAUCUCCGAGGAUCUCCGAGCAAUGCUGAACGCGUUUCUGUACCGCACUGGCGAGCAAAACAGCAAAUUCAUGCUCGUCCUGGCGUCCAACACACCCGAGCAGUUUGAUUGGGCGGUGAACGACCGACUGGACGAGAUGGUGGAGUUCUGUCUUCCAGGCCGUGAGGAGCGCGAGCGUCUAGUUCGACUGUACUUCGACAAGUUUAUUCUCCAACCGGCGAUCGAGGGUAACAAGAGACUGAAGGUCGCGCAAUUCGACUACAGCUCGCUGUGUAGCAAGAUGGCCGAUCUAACGGAGGGAAUGUCCGGCAGAGAAUUGGCGAAACUCGGUGUCACGUGGCAAGCGGCGGCUUACGCCUCGGAGGACGGCGUGUUGACGGAAAAGAUGAUCAUGGAAAGAUGUCUCGAAGCCAUCAAGCAGCACAAACAAAAGGUACAAUGGCAAAGUGAACAAGAGAAGGCGGAAUCAAAGUCGAUAUACGCCACGAAGGACGACGCAGUCGUCAGCUCGAAAACUCCGGCUAUAGAGCAGUGUUCAGGAAGCACGAUAGCUCCAGCGUAGAUAAUUGGUGAUAAGAGUAUGAUUGAUGGGUUUUAAAACAUCGGGCUAAAGACGAAACUACUAAAUAGAGAGACAGAGUACAAAUGCCGCUGGAAAAGAAUUAUUCUGACGAUCUUUGUAUUUAUCGUAAUCCAACAAACUCGUGGUGCUCGACGGUCGCAGAGUCACUUGUUACAAAUGUACAUUUAUAUAGGACUAUUAAAUCUUAAUUCUUCAAUUGUA